AUGGAUGAAAGACCAAAGUUAUGCCCUGCUAAUGGGCUGAGUGUCAUUGUUGUUGAUGAAGAUAAGCAGCAUGCGAACUCUACAAGGUCUAUGCUUUGUACACUUAACUAUCAUGCAACAGCAUAUACAAGUCCCAUAGAAGCACUUGAGUUUCUUGAGGGUCAUGCACAAGAGGUUGAUUUGGCUUUGGUAGCAGUGAACAUGGAAGAGUUGCAUGGUUUUCAGUUCCUUGACAUAGUUAGGGACGCCCACAAAAAUGUUCAAGUGAUUAUGAUGUCAAAUGAGACCACAAUGGAUACAAUGAAGAGAUGCAUUAAGCUUGGCGCACGUUUUCUGGUGAACAAGCCUAUUGAUGCCCACACCAUAAAUAACUUCUGGCAACAUCUUGACUUAAAAGAUUAUUCAAGGAUGGAUUAUAUCAAGAACUUAUUACAAGGUAAUGGAGAAGCACAUGAUUUAAGUUAUCAGAAGGAGAAUACUAAAAUGAAGAAAGGUUACAUCUGUUGGAAUGAAUAUCUGCACAGGAUGUUCCUAGGUGCUCUUGAAAUACUUGGAGAAGGUGCUGCUUCUCCUAGAAACAUAGAGAUUCUCAUGAAUGUGGAAGGUCUUAAUUGCAAACAUAUUGCUUCUCAUCUGCAGGAUGAAGACAUGCCCCAUGCUCAGACUGGGAGCUUCUUUGACAACAAUGCUCAUGCUGCAAUGCGAAGAUCCAUUCAAUUUGGUACUAUGUAUGAUGAGUCCGAAUAUUUCUAUUAUUCUUCUGGUGACGAAGCAACUGAAGAUGGAGUAGAUAUGAUGGAAGAUGGCGCAAGUGCUUCUAGUUUUACUGCACAAGUUAGCACUGCUGAAACUUUCUCUAUAGAUGGCACUAAGGACAUCUUGAACAAUAAUAAUAGUUCCGAGAAGCAAGCUCGCCAUGGUGAAAAGGUGGGCAAAGCUAUGAUGCUUGUGGACUAUUCAGACUCUGCGGACGCUGAGAUAUAG